AUGGAGAGACAGAUAAAUGGAGAGGAUACAGAACGAUUUUUUCAGGGAACCCUCUUCCCAAAUUUUUGGAGAAAAAAUGCUGCCAGGCUGCGUAGUGAGUUUAAGGACUGUUUGGGUUGUGCAUAUGCACUUCAACUUUCGAGUUGCAUUGCAGGCUUGCAGCAGAUGCUGAAGCUCUUUCCAUGGCGUUCUUCAGCUUCUCGAGCCCAACUCUCAAACGUAAACCUCUCAUCUCAUCUACCAUUUCCUAGUUCUUUGGUAUUCUUCAACUUUCGUUCAAUUAACCAUUCUCCAACUCCAACUGACGACAUCUACGACCCUCCCUUCUCCCCUACUUCCAAAACUACAACGUCCAAGCCAAAGAGUACCUCAAGAACACUAGAUUCUGUUACCGAUCGUAAGCUUCCUUUUAAAUCUGACCUUCCCUUUGAUUUCAGAUACUCCUACUCUGAGACUAAUCCGUCAAUCCAGCCGAUAGGGUUUCGAGAACCGCCGAGGUUCUCUCCUUUUGGUCCUGGACGUCUUGAUCGCAAAUGGAACGGGACUUCUGCUCCGGCGGAACGACCAGUGGAUCCAAAGAGGGUUAUAGAAGAGCGAAAUGCGGUGCUUGGGGAUUCCCUUACCGAAGAAGAAAUUGAAGAUCUUGUAGAGCGGUAUCGGCACAGCGACUGUGCCCGACAGAUCAAUUUAGGGAAGGGGGGAAUUACACACAACAUGUUGGAUGACAUCCACAACCAUUGGAAGAGAGCUGAAGCUAUAAGGAUCAAGUGUUUGGGAGUGCCUACACUUGACAUGGAUAAUGUUUGCUUUCACCUCGAGGAUAAAACUGGAGGGAAGAUUAUCUACCGGCACUUAAAUAUCCUUCUUUUGUUCCGGGGUCGGAAUUAUGAUCCCCAGAACAGACCUGUUAUCCCUUUGAUGUUGUGGAAGCCAUACGCGCCAAUCUAUCCGAGGCUUGUGAAAAAUGUGGCUGAUGGCUUGACAUUUGAGGAAACUAAAGAAAUGAGAAACAAAGGAUUGAAUUCUCUCCCUCUGAUAAAACUCACAAGAAACGGAGUAUACGUGAACGUAGUAGCAAGAGUAAGGGAGGCCUUUAAGACUGAAGAGGUUGUGAAGUUAGAUUGCACCUAUGUAGAUACAAGUGACUGCAAGAAGAUCGGUCUGAAGCUAAGGGAUUUGGUGCCUUGUGUUCCCAUGUUGUUCAAGAAUGGCCAGAUAGUGCUUUGGAGGGGUAAAAAGGAUCAAGACACAGUUUGUCAAUCAGUGACAUAAACUUAUACUGCGACACAGGAACAGAGGGUCAUUGGAAUCAUGUUUGAAGCUCAGCAACAUCCAAGUUAUUUCUAGCAGUAUGUUUGGAUAUGUGUGCAUCAAAGGCUUUUAGCAGUCCAA